AUGGAAGUUGCUCAGACACCAUUACAAUUGACGCAAGACCACCAGGACGGCCGGAUAAGAGAUGACAAUACAUCUCCACUUCGCUGGUCACCUCCUACGUCAGCAGCAUUGGUUGCUGCUGCGUUGGCACCGCCGGCCCUUCGUCCUUGGCUACCAGAUCCGCCCACCAAGAAAACUAACCAUUUGGGAUUGGUCUGCGUGGUCUGUGGCGACACAAGUUCAGGAAAACACUACGGCAUCCUCGCCUGUAAUGGUUGCAGCGGAUUCUUCAAGCGAUCUGUACGGCGGAAACUUAUAUACAGGUGUCAAGCUGGAACAGGGCGGUGCGUUGUGGAUAAAGCACACAGGAACCAAUGCCAAGCAUGCCGCCUCAAGAAGUGUCUCGCGAUGGGCAUGAAUAAAGACGCUGUUCAGAAUGAACGCCAACCACGCAAUACGGCGACAAUCAGACCUGAAGCCCUAAGAGAUAUGGACCAGGAGAGAGCGCUCAGGGAAGCCGCCGUCGCAGUUGGUGUGUUUGGACCUCCGGUAUCACUGGCAAUGGCAUUAUCACCUGCACGGUAUCCAUUGCUGUCACCUCAUUAUACGGCUCUACCACCGCCGCAGCCAAGCCAGCAAGCGCAACCAGACUCUUCACAUGAUAACAACGAGGAAAACAAUCAGCAUACUGACAGUGAUGAUGACAGUAUCGAUGUAACGAAUGAAGAAGACUCCACAUCGUACUCCCCUCCCUCCGUCACCAGUUAUCCACAAAAUUGUGUGCCAUACAGACCUCUGGGUGUUGAGAGUGCAGCAGAGACGGCUGCGAGACUUCUCUUCAUGGCUGUGAAGUGGGCGAAGAAUCUACCGUCUUUUGCCAGCCUUGCUUUCAGAGAUCAGGUGAUACUUCUAGAGGAAGCAUGGUCGGAGUUGUUCCUAUUGAACGCUAUACAGUGGUGUUUGCCGCUUGACGCCGCGUGUGCCGCUUUAUUUGGCAGCGACCAAAUGGACCAAGAGACCGGUAUGACUUCGGCAGCGUUGCGGCGACUGCGCGAAGUACUGGCGCGGUACCGCGCUGUCCUAGUAGACCCAGCCGAGUUCGCUUGCAUGAAAGCCAUUGUCCUCUUCAAAUCAGAAACACGAGGUCUCAAAGAUCCCCUUCAAAUAGAAAACCUCCAAGACCAAGCGCAAGUGAUGUUGAUGACUCACGCCAGAACUGCUCAUGGAGCUGCUCCAGCCAGGUUCGGGAGGCUGCUCCUCCUUCUUCCCCUGUUGAGGCUGGUCAGCCCCCAGCAGUUGGAGAGGGAGUUCUUUGCCAAGACAAUAGGCCAGACACCGAUGGAGAAGGUCUUAGCAGAUAUGUACAAAAAUUAG